AUGACAGGAAAGUCACAAACACCCCUGGAAGCUCAAAUCGGAGCACCAACGACAAUAGAUAUACAAAAUGAACUCAGCGUCAAAUGUGCACCAUCAGGAAGUUUUGACUUUAUCAGCAAGAUUGAAAUACAGCGCAAGAAUGCGACAGCCUCGACAUACAGCACAAUACUGGUGGUGGAGGAUCCACCCCGGGGAAGCGCACCUGUCUUCAGAGAUGAUGAGGUAAGAGAGAGAGCGAGUGCACAGGGUCGGGCAGGGCGACCUUCAGAUGCGUUCCUAACGCUUACCAUCCCUCAAGGUCGGGUCAACUGUAACGAUGGCGGAUCAUAUCAGUGCCAGAUAGUAAACGGGGACAAUGGAUCGACAACAAUCACAUCUAUAGCUGUCACUGUCACCAUACAGGUCAGUCCAGACGCCUCCCGUCCUGUGCUUAGUCUCAGCCCCUCCAACUUCCCAGGGGCAGGGGUGUCAGUGUAUACGUACUUAAAGGGAACUACCAUCAUGUUAGUCUGUCAUGCCGAUGUUGGCAGCCCACCACAACCAAUGAGAUUCUGCUACCAGCCUACUGGAGUGAGUACCUUUACACCUGUAACAAACGUGGUGUCCAAUAUUGUCGCCCCGCAGUCAGUGGAGCCUGCCAAGAGCUGUCUGUUGACCCGGACCAUUGUCGCCUCCGCCGAGAUAACCGCACUCGCUGGCUCGUUCUACUGCGAGGUCCAUGCUGCUGGUACCAGUCAGGGAUGUGGAACCAAUCUGAAGGUCACGGACGCCAUGUUUACCGCUCAAAAUCUUCCCGUAUGCAAUUCGAGCACUGUUACAUGUAGCAGCUCUAGCACCACCUCAACAACAACCACCACCACUAGCACCACCUCAUCAACCUCUAGCACCACCUCAACAACAACGGAGGCUUCUAUUGAGGGUGACGUACAAGUUCUGGCAGUUACCGACAAUGGAGGAUAUACCCUCCUCCUGCUGGGUUGUGGGCUGAUCGUCGUGUCUGGGGUUCUUUUUGCCACCAGUCUGAUCAUCUUUAUGAAGGCCAAAAAACUUAAAAAGGGAGCUGAGAUGGCCAUGAUACGGAGUACCUACGAUUCCGUGCAUUUUAGAAGAUCAUCAGCGCCAAAUUAUACCUCUUUGGAUGAUCUUCGAUCACCUAAUCGUCGUCCAUUAGAAAAACAAGACAGUGAUGGUUACGUAGUGCCAUCAGCAAUAAAUUUACAAUGACGUCACGACGACGUAUAAGAAUAGAACAAUAGAAACAGCUUUUAUAAGAACUGAAAUAUUUUGUGAAUCUGUGCGUGCAUAACUUCUUGUGUAUCUGUAUAUUGUGAAAAAGUGCGAAAAUAAAUGCAAGAAAGGCCGAAACAUUUCUAGGGAGUGCGCUGAAACAUUAAAAAACGAUAAAACAUGACACAAUACGGUGCUGAAGUGUUGGGGCUUUAUGUUCCUAUAGAGAAUAGUAAGUUACAAAAACAGCUGAGACUCGUAACAAAUGGUUGUCAAAAUUACGCCUUGUUGGGUUCACAACAGAGCAAAAGGCUAUACUAGAAAAUGUUAUUCACUUAAUGAUAUUUCUUAAAAGAAAU